AUCCGGCCAUAUGUAGGCUGUCUGGUCCAGUACCUGCCACUGCUAUGGAAACAAUCAGAAGAACACAACAUGCUGCGCUGUGCCAUACUCACCACACUGAUUCACCUGGUACAGGUAUGACACACACACCCCUUAGCCGUUCGUUGCCGCAGCCUGGAUAAGCUUCUCAUCGCUUCUCCCAGUGUGUAGGCUUGGCCAGUAUAUACCGUAUACUGGGGUAUUUUGAAAUGCCGACACUAUGAUUUUCAAUACUGUAAAAGCUCUGCUUUUUAGUCUAGGCUCAUAUUCAUUAGUGCAAAUCGUAGUAAAACUCUUUGCAACUGAAAACGUUUUAGAACGGAACCAAGUGUUAUUGGACAAGUCCAGGUAGUCCCUCAGUUUCUGUCCCUUUUCUUCCAUUUGGUGUCUAGUGAAUACGACCCAGAAGUAAUCUUAACCAGGGUCUGUGUCAAUAUACCGUGUAGUAAAGUGCCUGUGCCAUGGACACAUACACCCCAUCGUAAUCUUUACCCCCUCAUAAUGUGGUGUGCCGAUGUCAUUUCCUGUGUGAUGUCAUCACAGGGCCUGGGGGCGGAGAGUAAGAACCUGUAUCCCUUCCUGCUUCCUGUGAUCCAGCUGAGUACAGAUGUCUCGCAACCACCGCAUGUCUACCUGCUAGAGGACGGCCUGGAGCUGUGGUACGUACACACACACACACACACACACACACACACACACACACACACACACACACACACACACACAACCCUGAGAGCAGACUGAUACUAACAGCUUCUGUCACUCUUCUAAAGGCAGACGUUUAUCAGGCACAUACAGCACUCGCCUUUCUUCCAUCCCACCCUCUGUAGCUCUCUCUCUCAUUCCCCUCUCAGAUUUUUCCCUAUUUUUCUUCACGUUGCUUUCUCUCUCUCCUCUCUCGCUCUCCUCACUCACUCACUCACUCUCAAUUCAAUUUAAGGGCUUUAUUGGCAUGGGAAAUGUAUGUUAACAUUUCCAACGCAAGUGAAGUAGAUAGUAAACAAAAGUGAAAUAAACAAUAAAUAUUAACAGUAAACAUUACACUCAGACGUUCCAAAAGAUGUCAUAUUAUGUAUAUAUACAGUGUUGUAACAAUGUGCAAAUAGUUAAAGUACAAAUGGGAAAAUAAAUAAACAUAAAUAUGGGUUGUAUUUACAAUGGUGUUUGUUCUUCACUGGUUGCCCUUUUCUUGUGGCAACAGGUCACAAAUCUUGCUGCUGUGAUGGCACACUGUGGUAUUUCACCCAGUAGAUAAGGGAGUUUAUCAAAAUUGGGUUUGUUUUCGAAUUCUUUGUGGAUCUCUGUAAUCUGAGGGAAAUAUGUGUCUCUAAUAUGGUCAUACAUUUGGCAGGAGGUUAUGAAGUGCAGCUCAGUUUCCACCUCAUUUUGUGGGCAGUGUGCACAUAGCCUGUCUUCUCUUGAGAGCCAGGUCUGCCUACGGUAGCCUUUCUCAAUAGCAAGGCUAUGCUCACUGAGUCUGUACAUAGUCAAAGCUUUCCUUAAGUUUGGGUCAGUCACAGUGGUCAGGUAUUCUGCCACUGUGUACUCUCUGUUUAGAGCCAAAUAGCAUUCUAGUUUGCUCUGUUUUGUUGUUAAUUCUUUCCAAUGUGUCAAGUAAUUCUCUUUUUGUUUUCUCAUGAUUUGGUUGGGUCUAAUUGUGUUGUUGUUGUUGUUGUUUUUGUCCUGGGGCUCUGUGGGGUCUGUUUGUGUUUGUGAACAGAGCCCCAGGACCAGCUUACUUAGGGGACUCUUCUGUAGGUGAUGGCUUUGUUUUGGAAGGUUUGGGAAUCGCUUCCUUUUAAGUGGUUAUAGAAUUUAACGGCUCUUUUCUGGAUUUUGAUAAUUAGCGGGUAUCGGCCUAAUUCCGCUCUGCAUGCAUUAUUUUUUGUUUUUCGUUAUACACAGGAUAUUUUUGCAGAAUUCUGCAUGCAGAGUCUCAAUUUGGUGUUUGUCCCAUUUUGUGAAUUCUUGGUUGGUGAGCGGACCCCAGACCUCACAACCAUAAAGGGCAAUGGGUUCUAUAACUGAUUCAAGUAUUUUUAGCCAGAUCCUAAUUGGUAUGUCAAAUUGUAUGUUCCUUUUGAUGGCAUAGAAGGCCCUUCUUGCCUUGUCUCUCAGAUCGUUCACAGCUUUGUGGAAGUUCCCUGUGGCGCUGAUGUUUAGGCCGAGGUAUGUAUACUCUAGGGCAACAGUGUCUAGAUGGAAUUUGUAUUUGUGGUCCUGUCAACUGGACCUUUUUUGGAACACCAUUAUUUUUGUCUUACUGAGAUUUACUGUCAGGGCCCAGGUCUGACAGAAUCUGUGCAGAAGAUCUAGGUGCUGCGGUAGGCCCUCUUUCUCUCUGUCUGAGGCAGUUGGUGGUGAUGUGUCAUGAGGUAAGGUGACAGUAUACAGCCUUAGGGGAGGUUAGCGCUGGACCAAACACACACAGACAGUACACUGCCUUGUUAAGUUGCCAAUGUUGUGUCAGUGAUCUGAUGGCUGUUUUAAUGAGAACUUUACCCUCAUAUAGGAGAUAAGCAUUCAGGAGUCAGACCACAUUCUGAUGAUCACUCAUCUGCUCCCUACGGCUAACACACACACACACACACACACACCUUUUGUUCUUCUUCACUCCCAUCUCUCUCUCUCUUCCCCUCUCUCUCUCCCUCCAGGCGAAUUUGAGCCUAUAGAAUAUUCAGGAGGGUGUUUUUCGCAGCUUAAGUUUGUGGGUUCGUUUCCCACGGGGGGCCAGUAUGAAAAUGUAUGCACUCACGAACUGUAAGUCGCUCUAAAUGACUAAAAUGUAAAAAUGUACAAGUGACGUUGCUUUUGGCUUUGCCUUUGCUUCCUCCCAGAUAAACAGUCGUGACCGAAGUACGUGUUUACCUCAUUUACUGAGUCAUUUUGUGUCAACAGCUUCUCUUUUUUCAACUGCUGUCUCGCACUCUAUUUAGCGUUCUUUCCCUCUCCUGUCUUUCUGGCUCUAUUCUUCUCUCUCCCUUUCUCUAUUUCCUUCAAUCACUCUCUUUCUCUUGAAUGUUCAUUCAUGCCCUCUCUGAUGGGUGAUGACGAUAAGUUCAAAGUAGGCGUAACACACAAUGGCCAUUUUCAUGUGCGAAUAGAGCUCUGAAAAGAAGACAUUUACAUUUUUUCAAAAUGCUUCUCCUUACAGAGCCAUUUUGUAGUAAAAUAUCCUAUUGUGGGAGGCCUGUCUGGCUUGCAAAAGCUUGACUGCUGAAGCCUUAGUGUGGCUCGUCUUUUGUGCCUUUCGAUGACGGCGGCCUAGUUAAACAUGGUCUUUGAACAAGCACAUUGUCGGCUUUUAAAGUCUCAUCUCAAAGGGCAGAACAUCUGCAGUGACGUGCUAGAAUGAGCUUGAGUUGCUCUCAAUAGACUUACUCAGAAGCAUUUUUGUGGUUUGAGUUUGAUCGACUCAUUCAGACAGAUUCUUCUUUUAUGGUUCAGCCACACAUUGACGUUUCUUCUCCAGCCAUAGAUAUGUACAUAUUCUGAAUCUCAAACAGAGUUUUUGUAGCGUUAUCUGUUGUUCUGUCCCGUGUGGCUCAGUUGAUAGAGCAUGGCGCUUGCAACGCCAGGGUUGUGGGUUCGUUUCCCACAGGUGACCAGUAUGAAAAUGUAUGCACUCACUACUUUUAAGUCGCUCUGGAUAAGAGCAUCUGCUAAAUUACUAAUGUAAACUGUAAAUCUAGGGCUCUGUUACCGUCUGGUCAGCAGCUUUAAAUGCUUCUGUGAUGCUAACUCUGGUCCUCUUUCUCCCUUUCACAUCCACCCCCUCAUACCCCCUCGGUCUCCCUCUCUCUCUCUCCACCUCCACCCUCCUUUCUCUCCCCUUCUCCAUCCCACUAUCAACCUACAGGUUGGUGACGUUGGAGAAUAGUCCGGCAAUCACCCCAGAGCUGCUGAGAAUCUUCCAGAACAUGUCAGCUCUCCUG